UUUUUAUUAAAAACAGGGUGUGAUGGAAUCUAAAAAAAUCUUCAAAAGGAAACUCCUAAUCCACUAUUAUAAUCUUGGAUAUAUAUAAUAUCAAUGAUCGUAUCCUCUGAAUUUUGUCUGGUUUCUCUAACAUUUUCCCGCUUGGAAAGGUCAUCUCAUGUGGUCCCUGUCUGUCACAAAAAUUGUGAGAACACAAAGGUAAAACAGAUCCAAACCCAAAUAAUAAUAAAUAAAAAUGGGGGUUAAAGGGAAAACCCAAGUUUCGGAAAUUCAACGUUAUAAUCCAUCAAAAUAAUCCAACUUUCAGCAUUCCUACUUUUCUGGGGUUGACCCUUUCUUUUUUGGUAUUUAUCAUCUCUGACCCUGCAAUCCCCCUGAAGUUUUCUCUUCACUUUUCAGGGAAACAUUUGUUAAACUAUGAGUGCGGAUUUAAAGAAAUCCUCUUCAAAUGGCUCUGAGAAGUCCCUAAUAAAUGAAGAGCAGCAGGCAAAGAUUAGUGAGAUAAGAAGGUUGAUAGGACCAUUGCCUGAGAAGUUGGCCAUUUAUUGUUCUGAUGCAGCCAUAGCAAGAUAUUUAAGGGCACGAAACUGGAAUGUCAAGAAGGCUACUAAAAUGCUGAAAGAAACCUUGAAAUGGAGAGCAGAAUACAAACCAGAAGAGAUUCGUUGGGAAGAGGUUGCUCAUGAAGCUGAGACGGGAAAGAUCUACAGAUCAAAUUAUAUAGAUAAGCAUGGAAGAACAGUUCUUGUUAUGAGACCUAGUUGCCAGAACUCGAAAUCAACAAAAGGACAGAUUAGGUAUUUGGUUUAUUGCAUGGAAAAUGCAAUUUUAAAUCUUCCAGAAGACCAAGAACAGAUGGUCUGGUUGAUUGACUUCAAUGGCUUCAAUUUGUCACAUAUAUCGCUGAAAGUGACACGGGAAACAGCACAUGUUUUACAGGAACAUUAUCCAGAGCGUCUAGGUGUAGCAAUACUAUACAAUCCACCCAAGUUCUUCGAACCAUUCUGGACGGUGGCCAAACCAUUUCUGGAGCCCAAGACUCAAAACAAAGUAAAAUUUGUAUACACUGAUGAUCCCAAUACCAAGAAAGUAAUGGAGGAUCUUUUUGAAAUGGAGAAACUGGAGUCUGCCUUUGGUGGAAACGAUGACUCAGGUUUCGACAUCAACAAGUAUGCUGAGAGGAUGAGGGAAGAGGAUAAGAGGAUACCCGCAUUUUGGACAAAAUCAGAAGCUCCACCAGAGCCCAUGCCGACAUCUUCUGUUGAUUUGAAUUCUUUUGAUUCUGAUGCCUCUGAUAGUGGCAAGGUAGAUGGUUCCACGAGUCAUGUUUCAGAUUCAGAAGGCCUCAUUUCCGAUAAAAGUGUCUUGGUUACUAAGGGCAGUGAUAAUUGUAAUGGCUCCAAGGAAUUGCUUUACAGAUAGAGGAGACUCAAAACUUGAACCAUGUCUUGGCUGAGGCUAAUAAGGUACGAUGAUCUGACUGUAAGCGGCACUGUUUAACUGUUCUAGUUAGAAAUAUGAAGCCUAUUACAACUUCCGUUUUGAAUGGAUCUCAUUGUUUUUUCGUUCGGUUAAUUUGAUGUAUCCUUUUGAUAACAGCUUGUCUUGUUUUAUCAUUUCUCACUCUUUGAUUAAAAGUUUAUGCAACAUAGGUUAACCA